AUGGAAAGGAAUGACGUCAUCGACUUCAAGGCUUUGGAGAAAGAGCUGCAAGCUGCACUCGCUGCUGAUGAGAAGUACAAGCGGGAGAAUGCUGCCAAGUUACGGGCAGUGGAACAGAGGGUGGCUUCCUAUGAGGAAUUCAGGGGUAUUGUCCUUGCUUCACAUCUGAAACCUCUGGAGCAGAAGGAUAAGAUGGGAGGAAAGAGAACCAUGCCAUGGAACUGUUACACUACUCAGGAAAGCACCUCUCAGAAUGAGGCCACUGAAAUAUUUCAGGAGAAAACACUUCUCCAGCCUGAGACCUCAGCAGAGUUCUACCGCAACUGGCGACGACACUUGCAGAGUGGGCCAGAGCGCUAUCAGGCCCUGCUGCAGCUUGGGGGCCCAAAGCUGGGCCGCCUCUUCCAGACGGAUGUGGGGUUUGGACUUCUAGGGGAGCUGCUGGUGGCGCUGGCUGAUCAUGUGAGGCCACCUGACUGGGUGGCCGUUCUGGGGAUCUUACACAGCCUGGCCAGCACUGGGCGCUUCACCUUGAACCUGAGUCUGCUGAGCCAUGCAGAGAGGGAGAGCUGCAAGAGUUUGUUUCAGAAGCUUCAGGCCAUGAGCGUCCCUAGACCCAUGAAGGAGGGGCUCAGCCAAGAUGAGCAGGGUCGAGAGGAGCAGCCUGGUGGGCCCCAGGAGGAGGAGAGGCUACUACAUGAGCUACUGAGGCUGUACCAGGUAGACUGA